GAGAACAUGCGCGUUGGGCUGUCUAGGACAUAACAGCGAGGGGAACAAAGAUGGCUAUGGAUCUAUCCGCCAUUUUCUAAAGUGAGAUAGAACAAAUUGUUUCUGCCAAUUUCUGAUAAAAUUAUAGAUUAAUUUGAAAAUCUCAAUAUUGAAAACGUUUCAUUUUUAGAUGUUUAAUCGGUAAAAGUAGUUAAAGUGUGUCUUAGAUCUUAAGUGAACAUAUAACAAGCCAUCGUGAGUACGCGUCUCCCAAGGAAGAUCCAUUGUGCGAGAGAAGUCAAGUUGACAGUUCCUACUGUCAGCUUUCAAAUUAUCGAUGAUGUUCGAUCCCAAUACCAUAACAACCCAACAAUCCCAAAUACAGUAUCAGCAACCGCAGCAGAAUGACAAGGAUAAAGAGCAAGGACAGAAGGACACGUUUGCACCCUUUUGUUACGCUAAUGUCAACAUGAUCCAUAAAAUUGCUCCCAAUACUACCCAAACCCAUAAUUCUACAGUUAACAUGUCUCAAUUAACAGAUGACAAGUGUUAUAUAACUCAACCAUUUAGUUAUAAUUAUACGCUCGUUAAUCAAAAUUUAUUAACUCAGAAUAUUACAUUUAAAUGUGAUGUGUGCGGUUUGAUGUUUGCUCAUCUUUCGUUGCUUAAUCAUCACAAGAAAGUUCAUCAUGGACAAAGUGACCAAAAUCAAGGGCAGCAGCAGCAGAUUACAGUCCAGGUUCAGCAACCACCACAGCAGCCAACUCAGAUUCAAAUAGUAUCAGCAGAUCGUAUAAGGUUUUCCUGCGAAGAAUGUGGUCUAACUUUCAACACACAACAUGACCUAAAAACACAUAAAAUUCAAUCGCAUCAAUCACAAAAUCAGCAGCAGGUCCAAACUCAGCCUCAACAGAAUACUCUAAAAAUUAAAAAUUGCGAAUCGUGUGGGGCGCCUCUUCCUCAAGAUAACAAUAAAAAGAGGGCUGUUAUGAAGGUUAAAUGUGAAAAUUGUCUUAGCGCCGAGGCAAUACAGCCACAAAUAUUCGUCGUAGCUGCAGCGCCUGAUGCGACUGUAAAGUAUGAAGAAACUACAGGGACACAAACACAGACACAAGCUCUUGGUACGCAAAAUACAAUACCAAUAGGAAUAAAAAAUAACCACCCGGUUAAAAGAAGGGGAGUAGCGAGCGUUACCAAAUGUACUAAAUGUAACGGUAGUGGGAUCAUCUUCAUUGGGGGCUCAAAAAAUCAACAAAACAAUGUAGACAAGCCUUUCCAUUGUAAUAUUUGUAAUGGUUCAUUUAGCAGAUAUUCUUCUCUAUGGUCUCACAAACGUUUACACACGGGCGAAAAGAAUUUCAAAUGUAAUAUUUGUGGUUUAGCUUUUGCGAAAGCAGCAUAUCUUAAAAAUCAUUCAAGGAUACAUACAGGAGAAAAACCUUACAGAUGUAAUGUAUGCGGGAUGCAAUUUUCUCAAUCUCCUCAUCUUAAAAAUCACGAGAGGAUACACUCGGGAGAGAGACCGUAUAUCUGCGAAGUAUGUGACAAAUCCUUUGCUAGACAUUCUACACUUUGGAACCAUAGGCGGAUACACACUGGAGAAAAACCUUAUAGAUGUGAUAUUUGUGGUUCUUGCUUCAACCAAGCGACACACUUGAAGAACCAUGCCAAAGUCCAUUCGGGAGAAAAACCUUUCAAAUGCGAUAUUUGCUCUGUUGGAUUUUCAGAUAGAUUCGCUCUAAAACGACACCGAAAUAUCCACGAAAAAUAUGGCAGAACGAAACCUCAAAUUUCGUCAUCGAACAGUAACGACGCUCAAAAUAAUACUUCCUCCGAUUCGUUAACUUCCGCGGCGAACUUAGCGAAUGUAGUACAAGAAGCCGACCAUGAAGAAAUCGUUGAAACCAAAUAUGAACAAAAGUUCGAAAAUGUCGAAGGUAGCGACAUGGAAGAAGAUAUGACAGAUAUAUCGGAAUUGCAAGUUCAAUUGCAAUAAAAAGCAUUAGACUUACGUGUAAUCAAAUAUCAGAUUUUAUUUUUUUUAUAGAGAAAAGUGACUUGUGUUUAAAAUAAAACGUUUUUGAAUUGCUAAA